AUGUCGGACGCAGCGCCCGCACUUCUUAUCGUCCUAAUCACCAUCUUGCUCCCACCCGUCGGUGUGUUCCUCGUUGCCGGCUGCGGAGCAGACCUGUUCAUCAACAUCGCAUUGACAGUGCUCGGGUACAUUCCCGGCCAUAUCCACGCCUUCUACGUCGAAUACGUCUACUUUGACCGCCGCGAGCGCGCUCGCACUGGCCAGUUGACAGGACAGGUCGCACCCGGCGUCUACUCUGAUCGUGUCCAGGCUGGUGGGCACCAGGGUUAUGGGACGAUGUGA